AUGAGCGACCUUCCUCCCUAUCCUCCGCUUGAUCCUACUACCUACGAUCUCAUUGUCGUCGGCACCGGAGUUUCCGAGUCCGUCCUCGCCGCCGCCGCUUCCUCCUCCGGCAGUUCUGUUCUCCACCUCGACCCAAACCCCUUCUACGGCUCUCACUUCGCCUCCCUAUCUCUUCCCGAUCUCACUUCCUUCCUUCAAUCAAACUCCGUUUCUCCUCCGCCGUCAAACUGCGACGAUUUCCACUCCGUGGAUCUCGUUAACCGAUCCUUGUAUUCCUCCGUCGAGAUUUCGAGCUUCGAGCCGGAGAUCCUCGAAGAACACUCGAGGAGAUUCAACGUUGACUUGUGCGGUCCUAGGGUUAUCUUCUGCGCCGAUGAAUCCAUCAAUCUCAUGCUGAAAUCAGGAUCCAACAAUUACGUUGAGUUCAAGAGCAUCGACGCGAGCCUCGUUGGGGAUUCGAGCGGAGAGCUACGGAAUGUGCCGGAUUCGAGAGCUGCUAUAUUCAAGGACAAGAGCUUGACUCUGUUGGAGAAGAAUCAGCUGAUGAAAUUCUUCAAGCUUGUUCAGUCACACUUGGCUCCGUCAACCGAAAACGACGCGACAACAACAGUCAGGAUAUCGGAGGAAGACAUGGAGACUCCAUUUGUGGAUUUCUUGGCCAAAAUGCGUUUGCCUCCCAAAAUCAAAUCGAUCAUCUUGUAUUCCAUUGCGAUGCUCGAUUAUGAUCAAGAAGACACGGAAACUUGUAGAUAUCUACUCAAGACCAAAGAGGGCAUUGAUCGAUUGGCUUUGUACAUUACAUCUAUGAGCAGAUUCCCUAACGCACUUGGGGCAUUGAUAUACCCAAUCUAUGGACAAGGUGAACUUCCGCAAGCUUUCUGUCGCCGGGCUGCUGUCAAAGGAUGCAUCUACGUUCUCAGGAUGCCUAUUAUUGCUCUGCUUCUAGACAAGGAAAGUGGGGGUUACAAAGGGGUUAGACUAGCUUCGGGUCAAGAGAUAUUCAGCCAAAAGUUGAUUCUGGAUCCAUGUAUUACUCUUGGAGACGAGUCGCUGUCAUCAUUGACAGAUGAGCAGAAGGAAACUCUUCGGGUUCUUGUCCCGAAGACGAUAAGCAGUAAAGGGAAAAUAGCUAGAGGAAUAUGUAUCAUUAGAGGUUCUGUCAAAGCUGAUAUAUCAAACGCCCUUAUCGUGUAUCCACCUAAAUCUUUGUUUCUAGAACAGCUAACUUCGAUUCGGGUUCUACAGCUUGGUAGUGGUUUAGCGGUUUGUCCUGCUGGGAUGCAUGUUUUGUAUCUUUCAACUUUGUGUGACGACGAUGAUCAAGGGAAAAAGGCGCUAUUAUCAGCCAUGACUACUCUCAUCAAACCGCCUGUUCCUGAGAAUCUUCAUAGCGUUUCCGUUGCUGAGAAUGAUGGUACUGAAGCAAAACCUUCUCUUCUCUGGAGAGCACUGUACGUACAAGAGCUGGUCAAGGGUGAGUUUGGAGGUAGUAUCAGUUCCGCGUCUAGUCCAGAUGGAAAUUUGAACUACAAUGAGAUUGUGGAAUCAGCCGUGAAGCUAUAUGAACAACUCAUGGGGAGUGAAAAAGAAUUGUUUAAAGAAGAGACCUCACCAGAGGAAAACGAUGGUGGUGUUGAAAUAGAUUGA